UAGGCAGACGCCUUCCUGUAAGGGUGUGGGGUAGUGCGCAUCGGGCCGCUCUCUUGUCUGUGCGUCCUCUUGUCCGUGUGUUUUCCGGGACCCACAGAUCGAGUGCCAACAGUACCCGCAAUGCCCAGAUGUGUUCGCUGCAAGGGAAGGUAGUGUGUGACUAAGACAAGCACAAAUACCUUGAGGUCUCUUCCAGCCACCCUCUGCUCUGGCAAGCACAACAGCAACCUUCAUUACAUAUUGUAUGUCCUUUCCUUACGAUCGUCUAGUGAGAUGAGUGGCUUUUUUAUCUUAAUAUUUAUUCAUUGCUAUUUUUGAGUCAGUGAGUUGUCUGUGCAGUGUUUUCUGAAGUUCUGAAACUGUUCGGUUCUGAUUCGCGACGGAAAUAGAAUGGUUGGAUGAAUUCUUCGGUUAAGAAUACGUCAUGACGCCUUUUGAAGAAUAUAUGAAAAUCUGCUCUUAGGGAAGAAUAGUUGAAAAUAUUAGAGGAGUAUAGAUCUACAAAUAUCCAAGGGCAAUAUUACAGGAACACGUUCGUCCAGUUUCCCAGAACCCAGAAAGACCUUCUGGCAGAGCAAACCUACUAAGAAGAAGAAGAGGCAGUAAAAAAGUAAACAAACCCAGAAAGACCUUCUGGCAGAGCAAACUUUUCCAAGAAGAAGAAGACGCAGUAAAAAGGUAAACAAACCCAGAAAGACCUUCUGGAAGAACAACCUUUUCCAAGAAGAAGAAGAGGCAGCUAAAAGGUAAACAAACCCAGGAAGCCCUUACGGCAGAAGGACAGACAGUCUCGAGAAGAAGAAGAAGAAGAAGAAGAAGAAGAAGAAGAAGAAGAAUUAGAGGAGCGAGCCAAACACAAACAAAGCCAUGGAGCUCCUGACGACCAAGAUCAUCGCCCUGACCCUCCUGGGCGCCCUCUCUCUCUUCUUCGGCCUCCUGCCGCUGCGACUCAGGAGGUACCUCAACCAGGGCAGCAAGAAGAGGGAGAGGAUCACCAGCUGCCUCCUGUGCUUCGGGGGCGGCGUCCUCCUGGCGACGGUCUUCAUCCACAUGCUGCCCGAGACCAGGGAAGGUUUCAGCGGCGCCUUCGCCAUGGGCUACCUGUCCGUCGGAGGGGACUACCCUCUGGCGGAGCUGGUCGUCUGCGCAGGGUUCUUCCUGAUAUACAUCGUCGAGGAGUUUGUGCACAAGAUGACCAGAGUAGCAGGAGCAGAUCACAGAAGCUCAAAUCACUCUCAUCACCAUCACCACCAUAACGGUCACCAUCAUCAUCACCAUCACCAUCGCCACAGUGCCCACAAGCUCGACACGUUUGAUAGUGAGAAGCCCAAAAGGGAGUCGGGCAGGUGCUCCGUCUACUCCAUCACGGAGGCGGUGAAGAAGGCCAGUGUGAGCAACCCGCCCGAGGCCUUCACUAUCAAGAACAAAUGGGCGGAGACGGGGGUCGACAACCCGGUCUUCGCAGGGGACACGGAUGCCAUGUCUUGGAAUCCUGCCCUGAAGGAGUCCAUUGUCACCAGUUCCCAGCGUAAAAUGUCAUGCCGACCUCGAACCAAGAGACCACUGAACUCUCCACGUCAGCUGCUUCCACAGGAGGAGCAGGUCCCGAGCUGCAGAGCAACGGCAUUGCCCACUCAGACCGCCACAUGCAAGACCACACCCUCGGGGGGCCCCCACAGCAACAGCAGCCACGGGCACGCGAACGGUGAUGCUGGGGGCCACUCUCACAUAGAGAUCACCAAACUGUUCUCGAAAGGGCUUGGGUCCAAUCUGCGCUCCGUCAUCAUCGUCCUGGCGCUGUCCAUUCAUUCGGUGUUUGAGGGCCUGGCUGUCGGCCUGCAGGAGAGGAUGAACGACGUCUGGUACCUCUUCGGGGCAAUCGCCGCCCACAAGUUCGUCAUCGCCUUCUGCCUCGGGGUGAAGCUCCUGACGAGCAUGUCCAUGGGCCUCAUGGUGAUCUACAUGGUGGUCUUUGCCCUCGUGUCUCCUCUGGGUAUAGCCAUCGGCAUCAUCGUCACCGAGACUGCCUCCUCAGACCCCGGUGCCCAUACGGUGUUGGUCACCAUCCUGCAGGGACUGGCCGGAGGCACCAUACUCUAUGUCACUUUCUUCGAGAUCCUGGAACGGGAGAGAGCUCGCGACGGAGGCAGGCUGCUGAAGGUGUUCUGCGUGUGCCUCGGUUUCAUAGCGAUGGCCUCCGUGGAGACCAUCGGAGGCCACAGCCACGGGCCUCCGGCAAAAGGAAAUGCCGGUGGACACAGCCACAGCCAUAGCCAUAGUCACCAUGGACAUUUCCACGGAAACCAUGACGGGCACGAUCACAGCGACCACGCCGACGAUUUCUUCAUGGACACGACGCCUCUGAUGGCCGAGCACGCUAUCGACAGCACAGAGGCACCGCUGAAAUUCCUACCAGACAUUCCACACGAAGAUCACGGCGACCAUUCUGCCCAUGACGUUAACAACAACAAUUUUAAGGCAGUCAGUGCAGAUUCGGAUGUACUACACAGCGGCCACAACCACGGGCCAGCAUUCUCCGAAGGCGGCCUUACAGGCCCCCACGAUCAUAGCGCCAGUGCUCCCGGCAUCCACCCUGAAGGUAAUGUGAGGGGUUUCCACAGCCAUGAGGAGACGGGUGUCCAUUCCAGUCAUGGGCAUGGGCAUGAACAUGACCACGAACACCAUUCUCACAGUCACUGAUAGUGGGAGUAACCUGUUCUUAGAUUGUUGCUUAGAAACCUCUCUGGUGAGAUCAGCCUAGGGAGGUCUUGUUGGCCAAAAUACAGUAUUUCUGUCCACACAUUGUUCAGGCUGUUGACUGGGAUGUCAAACAAGCAGGUUUUACAGGUUUUCAGGGCAUCUACAGGCGCCUACCCUGCUAAAAUUCACAUCAGGUGGGCAAUAUUGGUUCCAGGUAAGCCUCACACGUUUGUGAUUUUGUGUAACCUUAACAUAUAUGUGUGUGGCUUCCAUCAAGUGCCAGUAAACUUAGAACAUAAGCCACAUUUGGUCGAAACUGCUGAAAAGAUGGUCGAAAAACCUGCUGCUGUGUGAGACCACUCUGUGGGUCAGUUUUGCCCUAAGCCCUAUGGGGUCUUGUCCAAUAGAAAGACAUUUUUUUUUCGAUUUCUGUCCACAAAAAUACAACAGGUACUGAGCGAUUGUGAUACUGUGAUGCAUCUCACAAUUUCUGUGUUUUUUUCUAGUAUAGAUUAAGAGCUGUCCAAUUUUUCCACUUUUUUAAAUAUAACGUACCUGAUGUUGGCGUAAGUCCUAUAACUGAGGUGUGUUUGCUGUUGGCGCUGUGGCCUUCUGGUGCUGAAAAAAAGGUGUGAGUGAGUGGAUUCUUUGGAGAAUUCUGAAGAAGAAGAAGAAGAAGUAAAAUAAGAAGAAAAAGAAGAGUAAUAUUUAAUUCUUGAAACGAUUGUUAAGUAAUGUCUCUGAUUAUCUUGAUGUUUUUUUGAAAAAAAAAAACUGAACAAAAGGGAAAUUCAGCAUAAACCUCGUUUGAAAAAUGAAAUGUUUUGAAACAGAAAUGUUUAGAAAAAGAGUAAAUGUUUUUGAAAACAGAAGUCUCAAAGAGAUUCAGCAGUGAUUAUUUUGAGAAAAUGUGAAAGGGAAAAACUAUUGAAAAUAAGAUAUGUCUGAUAAACUGAACAGAAGGAAAAUUGAGUAAUAUACUCUUGGGUAAGUCUUUAGGUAAACCGCUCCCACCAAUAUAUAUUUUCAGCGUUGAAAAAUGGAUACAUUUUGUUUUAUAAUGUUACAUAUUUUGGCAGAAUCCAUGAAAAUCAUUUUAGUGAAAAAUCAGUUUAUAAGAAAAUACAAUCAGGCUGCAAUAAAUAUUAUUGUCAUAGCGAUGAAGAAUAGUAUAGGCCUAUAGGUAGUUACUGUACGAAUUACACAAGUAUGUAUUUAUGUACUUUAUGUAUGAUUGUGUAUUUUUUUUUCAUGGUUCUAAAUCUGACACGUUCAAAUCACGCAAUUGUACAGCAUUGACCCCAUUAAUACGUUCAAUUACACAAAUACAAUUAAGCCUGAUUACGCUCACGUGGUCUGAAGGACCUAUUAUAGAUUGUUGUUGAUGACGUCAUCAAAGUCACGCGACUUCUAUAGACUCAUUGUGUGAACUGAAGUUGAUGAUUUGAUAAUAAUUAUUAUUUAGAAAGUGCCCUGUUGGUAACUAAAUUAGUGGCGUGUACUUAAUAGGUUUGUUUAUAUGUGUGUAUAUAUAUAAAUGAGUUGAUCGUUUUUUACCACAUUUUCUGUUUCUUUCCGUCUGUUACAAAAGUGUAAGGAAAAAAAUCACUAGACCGACAAGUUAUUACCAAAUAGUCAUGCGUAAGUCGCACGCACGUCCGUAUCCGUGCGCGUGCGUGAGAGUGCGUGCGUGUGCGUGUGUGUGUGCGUGCGUAUAAGCCUUAGCGCAUUAUCUGAAACGUGACGAAUCUCGAGAACAAAAACGCAUCGUUUUGUUUAGUUUCAGUCUGUUUAAUUCGGCUGAGGUCAGAGUCCUUGAAAUGAAU